CUGUCAUGCUACAUAUAAAUAGAGCCCUUAGUCGGUGGUCUGGAGACCGUUGUGUGGAACUCCUGAGCGCUUGCAGCUAUUUGUUGGGUAGGUCAGGUCUAUCAGCACUGAGAUAUCUUCGAGGAUGGCUUUGACUAAUCCCAUGCCACUGGGGCCAUGGAAGCUCACAGUGUAUGACCAAGAGAGCUUCCAAGGCAAGCGCGUGGAGUUCACUUCAGCCUGUCAGAACAUCAUGGAAUGCGGCAUGGACAAUGUCCGUUCUCUGAAGGUGGAGUGUGGCGCCUGGGUGGGCUACGAACACUCCAGCUUCUGUGGGCAGCAGUUCAUCCUGGAAAGAGGCGACUACCCUCGCUGGGAGUCUUGGAGCGGCAGCAAUGCCUACCACAUUGAGAGGCUAAUGUCCUUCCGGCCAAUCUGCUCUGCUAACCACAAGGAGUCAAAGAUUACCAUCUUUGAGCGGGAGAACUUUAUUGGACACCAGUGGGAGAUAACCGAUGACUACCCCUCUCUCCAGGCCAUGGGUUGGCCCUCCAAUGAGAUCGGAUCAAUGCAGGUGCAAAGUGGGGCCUGGGUCUGUUACCAGUACCCCGGUUACCGUGGUUAUCAGUACAUCAUGGAGUGUGACAACCAUGGAGGCGAGUACAAACACUACAGGGAGUGGGGCUCCCACGCUCAGACCUUCCAGGUGCAGUCCCUCCGCCGGGUUCAGCAGUGAGGGCAGCUCGCCCAUCUCUCUUCCUCCCUCCCUCCCCCACCUCCUCUUCCUCUUCCUCCACCUCUUCCAAACCCCCACCCCUUCAUUCCGAUACCGGCAAGCCCAGCACAGGCUGAAUAUCCGGAGCAUUCGGCAAAUGUUUUGCCGAAAAACAUUCGGCAAAACAUCGUGCUUUCAUCUUUCUGCAUGCCAUCGAUUUGAAAGAAUAAAGUGAAAGGAAGAAUUCAAGCUAACUGAUUCUGUAAGCGGCACAGUGGUGUUACUAAAGCUUUGCUCCUCAUCGCUGUCAUGAUGCAGCCUGUGCAAAAGAGUUCAAUAAAGGGUACACUUAUGAAAACGA